AAUUUCUGCUUUUAAAAAAAAAAAAAAAAAAAUUGUCCCUACUCUUGUUUGCACCGAAUUAAUCUGAUUUAAUAAUCCGUUGAAUGGAUUGGCCUGAGGGUUGGAAACUGAAAGACUGAUAGUGAGAAGGUUGUGUCAUUCAUGGAGAUUUAAUUGGUUGAUGGGACUUGAGGAAGCGCCUAGCUGAAUAUAGUUAAGAUUUUUGUAAAGAUUCUUAUUGGUGGCUGCAUUUUAAUUUUGUGUUCCUGAAGAAGGAGAAAAAUGUUUUGGAGGGAGAGGGAAAGGGAGAGCAAAGAACAAAAUGGUGGACCUCCUGUUGGGCAGGUCAGAGUGCUUCUUGUUGGGGACUCAGGUGUGGGGAAAACUUCUAUUGUCCAUCUAAUUAUGAAAGGCUCUUCCAUUGCUCGACCUCCUCAGACAGUUGGUUGUACUAUUAGUGUCAAGCAUAUAACUUAUGGAAGUUCCGGUAGUUCAUCAAGCAGCAUCAAUGGUGAUAAUGAGAGAGAUUUUUUCGUUGAACUCUGGGACAUAUCUGGACAUGAGCGCUAUAAAGAUUGCCGGUCUCUGUUCUAUUCUCAAAUCAAUGGUGUUAUGUUUGUUCAUGAUCUUUCUCAAAGAAGGACAAAAACCAGCUUGCAGAAGUGGGCUGCCGAAAUCGCAGCAAAUGGGACAUUCUCAGUUCCUUUAGCAUCUGGAGGCCCAGGGGGGCUUCCAGUUCCCUAUAUUGUUAUUGGUAACAAAGCGGAUAUUGCUUCAAAGGAGGGCGCACGAGGAAGCAGUGGGAAUCUUGUUGAUGUUGCUCGUCAAUGGGUUGAGAAACAGGGUUUACUUCCAUCAAGUGAGGAACUUCCACUCACUGAGAGUUUCCCUACCGGUGGAGGCCUUCUGGCAGCUGCAAAAGGUGCCAGAUACGACAAGGAAGCAGUUUUGAAAUUUUUUAGAACGUUGAUCAGGAGGAGAUACUUUUCCGACGAAUUGCCUGGUGCCAGCCCUUGGUCUUCCCAAGUUAAUCGCCCAUUGUUUCAAUCAAGUGAAAUUAUAAGUGAUGAUGAGCAGUCGUAUAAAAGUUCAAGUUUAACCGGCGAUGGGUACAACCAAAACGUGCUUCCUCCCCUUCCGGCACAGGGAAACUUGACGCCGCCUCCAACAUUGUACCCGCAGCAACCCAUGUCGACCCCCAGCAACAAUUACAAGGUCCCAAGAUUCACCUACAACAGCUCCCAAGAUGUGGCUGGUGUGAGAUCGAAACGUCUGGAUAUCAACGUGUAACCUGAGUAGUAUUCAUUCCUUGCACACAUGUUGAGAGUGAUCGAUCAAUGAUGAAAGGUACAUAUCUAUUAUGGGUGUGUUUGUUUGGGGGUUUGGAUUUUUGAUUGGGAUUUGAAUAGUAAAAAUUUUGAAUUUGAAUAGUUGUAUGAUGUGAUAUAAAUAGGGUUUGAUGUGAUGUUUUGAAUGUAAAAUUGAUUUUUAGUAUAAUAUAAAAAAUAAAAAAUAGGUGUUUGAUUUGAUAUUUUUGGAGGGAAAAAAUUGAAUGAAUAGUGGAAAUCCUCCAAAAUCCUUCAAACAAACACACUCUAUAUAUAUAUAUAGAUUUUAUACUGAAAUGAAAUAGCAUUUUCUCUCAUUCUAUCUUUUCU